AUGAAUGGAAUUAUUAUAAUAUCGAGCAAAAUUGGAACACCAAUUUGGAGUAGAGAAUAUGUUCAUAGUUUUGGUCUUGUAGGAAACUCAUCAUCGGGAUUGACGUCUGAAGAUCACCUUGUUGAAAACGGUAACUCUCUUGGCAUACGCGAUGGAACUCAUGGUGUUGUAGGUGAUGCUUCUUCAUUGAUAGGCAAAACUCAACAUAUUAGCGAGAUGAGUUUGAGCGGUUUAUUGUAUGCUUUGAAGUUAAAUUCGGAAAUGUGUUUUAAGGAAUCGUAUGGUAAUGAGGAGUCUACCAUCCUUCCUUACACGGAUCAACCACUAGUAAUUUCUGAAGAAUCAAGUACUUUCAACAAUAGAAAUGAGUUACUGCUGAAAAACUUUACAUUUGGCGAAAAUGUAUUAUGCUUUCAGGAAGAGUUCGAUAGUGAUGUGUUUUGUGUGGGAUUUUUCAAAAAAAGCUUUCUCAUGACAAGUGUGAUGGGAUCGUUGGGAUGUGAGGAUCAAGAAGUUGAGUUUGGACACCAAAUAACGAAGGCUAUUUGUGAUAGAUUUUGUACUCUCUAUGGCAAGAAACUGGCAGGCUCUGUCAGGAAGAGUUUUAAGGGAUUUAUCCCUCAUCUUUGUACCAUCUAUCGUCAAGUAGUGACUGACAUUUUAAAGCAAAUGGUUUGUGACUGCUCGUGUUGUGAGUUUCAGAUUGAAUGGAUAUAUGCUUGCUAUGAUUCAACAUCGCUGUUGACUCAGUCCAAUGAACCACUUGUUCAGGCGCAAAAUGUAAAUUCCACUGAAAAAUCGCAAAAAGCAAAAAAGAAAAAGAAAACAUCUGUCGCUAUCAACCCUCACAAUUCAUGUGAGCUAUCCUACAUGUCAAGAAUUGGUCCCAUGCAAUGGAUUGUCACCAAUGACUCCAUUUCCAACAAUGUAAAUCAUUCACAAAUUUUCCCUCUCAUCAACCAGGCAUUAACGAGCUAUUCCAACUCUCUCAAAAUACUUGGACAGAUAGAGUCCUGUUCAGAGUCUCAAAUGAAAGUAAGAUUAACCAAAUUGGACACCAAUACGUCUCAAUCAAAUACAGAAUAUUAUAUCUUUAGAAAGAGUUCAACCAUCAUGUGCUUUCCAUUGCGCUCAAAUAUUCAAGAUCAUCAUAACAAUUUGCAACAUGUUGUACAGGCACAUUUGUACCGAUUAGAAUCAUUUCUGCAAUCUGCACAGCCUGAUUUGAUUCUCUCUCCUCAAAAAUCGAUUAGCAAUAUUCUCAAUUUAUAG